CACAGUGUGUCAUGGGGCUCUUACUCAGCCGGAUUCAGAAGGCGUUGCAAGGUUUCUACGGGAUAGAAGCUCGUAUUCUCUUGCUGGGUCUGGAUGCAGCUGGCAAAACAACCCUCGUCUAUCAGCUGAAAUUGAACGAAGCCCCAAUGACCAUUCCCACCAUGGGCUUCAAAGUGGAGACGAUACAACCCAUCAACAAUGUCACUUUCACCAUAUGGGACGUGGCCGGCCAAGAGCGGGUCCGGCCCCUAUGGCGUCAUUACCAUCCUAACACAGAUGGCCUGGUCUUCAUGGUGGACAGCGUGGAUGGUGAUCGUUUUGAGGAGGCCAGAUAUGAAUUGGAAAUACUGCUGGACAGCAGUGAUCUGCAAGGAGUUCCUUUGGUACUGUUAGCCAACAAGCAAGACUUGCCUGGAGCAUGGCCUCCCCUGGAGGUGGCAGAAAAAAUGGGACUAAGGAAAUUGCCAGGACACCGGUGGCACGUGCAGGGAUGCUCUGCCGUGAGCGGAGAGGGCAUCCCCGAAGCAAUGGAGAAGCUGUCCGAGAUGGUCAAGCUGCAUCGCAAAGCCCUAGAGACGUCAAGAUGACAACUCCAAC